AUGGAUGGUCUUUGUUGUUUACUCAGUUAUCCUUGUCGAAAAGUUAAAUUGACAGCUACAGCUGAUCAACAUGGUUUACUUGAGCUUGACCGAUCUCAACUUGUUCGAACAGAAUUAUUAAAUACAGGAAAUUUUGAUGACGUAUUUAAAGGCAAAUAUGGUCAACGUGAUGUAUUAAUUAAAUAUGUGCAACUUGACAAUGAAAAUUGUUCGUUCAAUGUCGAAAAAUUUCUUGAUGAAGCCAAAAUAAUGAAAGAUCUUGUACAUAAAAGUAUUAUUCGUUUAUAG